GAUGUUAAAAGUUUCUCUCACAGACAUUACCAAACCGAGCAGGUUUCAGGCAUUUUCACCAGUGAGUCCAAACCUCCUCGGAGGGGAAGAGGACGUCCGAAACUCCCGAAAGCCACAGAGCUGGAAGGAUCAGGAGACGACCUCGCCGCUAAUUCUGUGCAAACUCAAGAGCCCAACAAACAGAGCAGCGAUGAAGACGGUCCAACAGCAGACCGUUCUCCUAGGAAAAGAGGCCGCCCCAAAAAAUCUCUCUACAAAAGCACCUGUGACGAUGCUGAAGACUUACCAAACGGUGCCUCUGAUGCACCAAAAGCAAAAAGGGGUCGUCCAAAAGGAUCCACGAAGCGCAAGUCGGGAAGUUUGACAAGCAGAGAGAACGGAGGCAGUUCUGUACAGCGUCAGAAUCCGAGACGCUCUCCCGAUAACAAGCCCAGGCUAGAGACGGAGGAGAGCAGUGAGGACGGAGAGGACGCAGAGAGCCCUCCAAGAGGGAGGGGGAGGCCGAAAAAGAUCAAACAAGAAACGGAUGGCUCCCCGCCGGCUAAGAAGCGGCCGGGUCGCCCCAAAGGCUCUUUAAACAAGAAACAAGGCCAAAGGGGAAGACCAAGGAAGUACCCCGAGGAGCUGAAAAAGCCCAAAGUAUGGAAGCCGCUGGGAAGGCCCAGGAAAUACCCCCGAGCUGAUCCUGCAGAGGGGUCAGAACCAGCCCCUCCUAGAAGCCGCGGUCGGCCUCACAAGUCAGAGUCCAAGAGAGGCGCUCACUUGCGUAAGAGUUUGUCUGAAUCUUCACCCUCGCCAAGCGACCCCGGUGUCGAACCCCAGAGAAAAAGGGGCCGUCCCCCAAGUGCUCCAAAAAGUGAUGCUGUUCCGACGCGGAAAAGGGGCCGUCCUAAAGGUUCAGUCAACAGCAGUAAAGCAGGAAGGGGAGCACCGAUCGACAGUGCAGAUGCCGACCAUUCGACAGCAGAGAGUGAUUCAGCUCCCGUGGCACUGAAAUGUGAAGAAGAGGAGGCGGAGAUAAAAAAAGAUGCAUCCAUCAAUCAGGAUGCCGACUCAGAAGUUAGUAACCAGGCUUGAUGAGCCGCCCCGAUCUGACCAAAAAAGUUCCUGUUUAAAACCGAUAACAGUCGUGUCAAUGAAUACACAUAUUUGUAGUCAUUUUGUCGUUUGGUUGGCUAUUCUGCAGCGCUUCUGUUUUCUGACUAACACGUCCAUCUCGUUCUAUUGUGAUUUUUUUUUUUUUUUAUGUCUUCCUUACUGUCAUCUGAAUAUUACUAGUAGUAAUGUUUUUUUGGACUGGCACUAAUUGUUACGGUUUACAUUUAGUUGUCUAAUGUAUUUUUUUUUUGUCAAAGGGAAGAAGUCAAAACAAUAUCCCAUUUCCCGGCUCCCCUCCAUCGCAACAGCUUUCGUAACUCUGUACAAUCUGUCAUUCUAAUGAUCAAUUCAGCGCAGAAUCAUGUAAAGAUUGAACAAGGGAUUUAGGAACACACAGAUCCGUUAUGGGACUGCUCGCCCACCCUAUGCUGACUUCUGUUUGUCAUUUACUUGACGAGGACACAUGCCUUUUUAUUUAGAAAUGGUUAUUUUGUUAUGGAUAUUUAUUAUUGUUUGACCGAUGCAGAAGGUGUCACUUGUUGCAAUGAGCAUACAGAGAAUCUUCUGGCUCCGCAGCUCCCCUCGGCUUAAUAGAGGUUCACGGCCAUUUCGACUAGUUUAACCCCAAUGUUACUUUGCUGUUAUAGUUCAUGUCGCUGAUCUCACAAGAAGCCGCACUUUUCAGCAAAGAAAACCCUUUUUAAAGUUACUUAAAAGUUAGAUAAAGAGGUCACUGGCAACUAGCUGUGGAGAAUUUAGCCGCUAAAGAUGCAAAUAUUUCUUCCAGGAGUUUGAGAAAAACACAGCAAAAAAAAUGUGUAUACUGGACUGUCGGCCACAAACUCGAAUCCAAAUGAAUGAAAAAGAAUUCUGCUAAAUGUGACGUAGGCAAAUUUUAGUUUGCAAAAGGUGGAGAUAUUUGAAUGUUGUGUUGUGCAACUAUUUGUGUGUCUCCCCCCCCCAGUGUCCAACAAAAGAAUAUGUGUAUAUAUAUAUAUUUAUCAGGUUCCCUUGCCUUUGGACCCAAAACCCCUGACCUGCCCUUUUUUAUAUUCCAAAUCUGUAAGGAGCGUUUUAGAUUAAAUGUUUUGAAAUGUCAUCAUUGUCUUCGUGCCGUUUCAGUAUUGUUGUUUUUUUAAAUAUGCCUGAGUUGUCAAAGCUUUGAAUGUAGCAGUUAGUUACACAGAUCAGCCUCUCAACUUUUACAAAACGCACAUUCUUCACCAGGUCUGACGCCUCUGCAAGAAAUGCCUUCUCGCCACGCGCUGAUGCUCUCCUAGUUUCAGAUGUUGCUCUUUAUUUUAUCUUAAUAUUGACAAGUAGCUGUGAUUUCUCAUUGUUUCUUCCCUGUCAUGAGAUUAUAAUUUUUGUGAUUAGAUUGAUUUUCAGUAAUUCAUUCCCUUGUAUUUUUGGCACCUUGUUUGAACGUUUUUAGUUCUUGUUCUUCAUGAUUACUUGAUGUAUAUAAACAUUUUUAGGAUUGUGUAAAACAAUUAAAGUUUCUAAUUGCCAAAUGG